AUGUCAACGCCCGGUUAUCAAAGCAUCGCGGAAGUGCUCAAAGCUGAGGGAAAUGCGUGUCAUCAGAAAGGCCUUUACUCUGAAGCCUACUCCAAGUAUUCCGAUGCUAUCAAGAAAGAUGGGAGCAAUGCGAUUCUAUAUGCAAAUCGCGCAGCAAGCGCGUUGUCGAUGAGCUGGUAUUUGGAUGCAGUCAGGGAUGCACAAGAGGCAGUAAAGAUUGACCCCAUCUACGUCAAGGCAUGGGCUCGACUGACUAAAGCGUACCAGGAUUUCCAGCAAGGAGUUCAAAUUAUGAGGGAAACCAAAACUACUACAGCUGGAGAUGUCACUACCGGAAUUCUUUGGGACUACCGAGUUUUUUUCACAGAUUCUUGGGACUGGAACGAGAAGCUUCAUGAACAAGUCGCGUUUGAACUACACGUCAACAAUGGCUGGAGGUGGGAUGCUGAAUACCCCAUACACAUACGAGAGGAAGCAUGUCAGCGGUUGAAGGAAUCUGGUUGGGACUCGCUUCGGCCGGCCAUUGAAACAACGAUGCAGUCUGUGCUUCUUUCUUAUACAACUCGCUAUCAGUAUUUUAAACUGGCACUACUUUCUGGCACUAUCCGUGGGCAGAAGCACUAUCGUGCUUGGGAUUUUACUACGUCUGCGCGUGAUGGUCACAGACAAGGCUAUCGCGAAGAAGUGCUUUUUAGACGGAGCGGAAGCCUAUAUGAAGUCUGGCUCUUUGAUUGUUGGAUCAUCACCCCUUCAACGGCUCUGAUGCAAGCGUUGGGAGCAUACUGGCGGGGUGUUGCCACUGUGCACACAACGCUCCCCCUGUGCGAACGAAUCAACUAUCUCCUUGGCAAGAACGCAUGGACAAUCUGGGAGAUGAUGGCGGAUACAGCUUCGUUCCAGGUACCGACUGAACAGGCAGUGGGGUUUGUGAUAGCUGUCGACGCUGCGCUUAGAGUCGGGAAGGUGACAAUGGAUCAUGCAGUGCUACCGAGGGGGGACGAUGAAAAGUCCGCUACGGAUAAUCUUGACACAGAAUCGGAGGACGAUUCAGAGUGGGAGUAA